GCGCGGUCUUCCUUCAGCAAAGCUUGCUGAGAAAUGGUUUUUGCAGUACUGGGACUUGCUGCUGCUGCUCCGCUGCCGUCAGCAUUUAGCUGAACUGAACUCGCUGCCCGCCUUCACUCCAAGUCGCAAUGGCGCGCAAGACUCUGCUGCCUGCUGUGGCCGCGCUGGCUGCCAUCUACAGCUUUGCAAGGCCAGCGAGGGGAGAGUCACGGAAGGGACCUGCCAUGUCGACAAGGACUCUGAUGUCCCCUUCAACGCGGCACAGGCCAGCGGCCCGGGCGCUUCCGUCGAGUUCAAGAAGCGUCCCUUCGGCAUCCUCCGUUAUCAGCCAGGUGAGGGCAUGAAGGGCGCCAUGGCCAUGGAGAUCAUCCCCAAGUCCCGAUACCCAGGCGACCCUCAGGGCCAGGCCUUCGCUUCAGGCGUGCAGAGCGGCUGGGUCGUGCAGUCCAUCAACGGCGUGAACGUGCAGAACGAGGAUUUUGGCAAGAUCAUGGACAUGCUGGAUGAUGAGGUGGCAGACCCACGUUUCUCCAAGUCCACGGCCUUGGCCUUGGAGAAGCAGGGUGGCCGCAUGGCCGAGCCUGUGGAGGCACCCUUGAGCGUCGUCUUCUCCUCCAUCCCAGGCUACACCUAUCAGGGCGCUGCCCUUACGGAGGACGGCCAGGUGCCGAUUCCGGGUUUUCAAUUUCGCAAGGUCCCACUAGAACUGUGGACCUUGGGCCUCGGUGCCCUAGCAGAGAGCGAUGCGACGAAGGGCGCCAUCACUGGGUUUCCCUUCACAACUGAUAACGCGGCCAACCUCCAGUUGGGCUUGCCGCGCAUCGGAGGGCGCUUCCGGUUGGGUAUCGAGGAUCCAGCUCUGAGCGCCGAGGGCGCAGACAGCACGCAGCAGCAGCUCUCCAUGGGCUACGAGCAGCGACUGCCAGGCGGUGGCUCGCUCGCCUCAUGGCUGCGAAGCACCGGCGAGUGGGGUGCCGCUUUCCGCCACGAGGUGGAGGACAUUGGCAUUGUCACCGGCGGGUUGAACUCGCAACUGGAUUGGAACCUGGAUCUGAAUACGACGUACCCUCCAGUCAAAGGAUUUACUCCCAGAGUAUCAUACGGCGCCACGCAGGAUGGCAUGCGCGUGAAUGCCCGCGUGGACAAAGACAUCUCCAAGCGUUGGCACACAAGCUACGCAGUCCAGAACAUCCCCGGGAAGUACUCGCCCGUGGACUUUGUACAUGAUGGUGCAGUUCGAUUCACUGCAGGGCCUCACACGGUGCAGGCAACUGCAACCUACGAUCGGCAGCUUUUGCGACUCAGCCCGCUUUGA